GAAGGAAACUGGAAUGAAAAAAAAACAAAAAAAGAAGACGACUUGAUCGAUGAGUUCAGUUCCUGAUGCGAUUCUAAAUUCUGGGAAGGUUUAUCUCUGAUUCUCUUGUCCUUUUUAGCGACUUGCCUGUAGUGAGAGAUGUUUCCAAGCUUCAAUCCACUGUCUAAGUCUCAUCUGGGCAACCGAGUCCAAAGCAACGGCGCUGUGCCCCAGCAGCAGGUCGUUUCACCGAAUCCUUUUGCCAGUAAUCCUUGUAAUGUGUUGCCGCACCCCAUGCAACUUCAAUCUCAAAUGGGAAUUCUUCCUCACUCUUUAAUUCCCAGUUAUGGUCUUAUGAAUUAUAUGAACAAUGGACAAGCUGUGAACAUGACUCUGCCUGGUUUGGCAGCUUCCAGUAUCAUGAAUGGACCUAAUCCACUGCUUCCUUCGCAAAAUAAUCAAAUUGCCAUGCAACAAUUCGGCCAGUUUCAGAAUAUGGCACCAAACGUUAACCAAAUGCAUCUGUCUCAGCCACCUGGGCAUAUGCUUGUGCAGAACUUGCCUCAACAACUCAAUCAAAACUUGGGUUUGCAAAAUUUGCUCCUAUGUUUGCCGAAUGCGAUGGCCAAUGUUAAUCAACUUUCGUUUGCACAACAGUUAAAUCCUUCUCAGCGUCCUUCUUUCAAUGGUUUCUUGGGUUCCAAUCAAGGAGCUCAGGCCUUAUGUCCCCAAAAUCGUUUCUCUUUGGCCAAUACACAAGGUGGUUGUGAUCAACAGCUUAAUCAAAAUCAGCAGAACGGAAGCACUCCUGUCAUGGGUCCAAGUGUAUUGAGAUCAUUGCCCACUGCAAGUCAGCAACAGCCACAAAGCCAUCUUAUGCCGGAUAAUGUUCAUCCAAAUCAUUCAGAGAGGUCUCCAAACUUGCCGGGUCCUGUAUGCCGAGGAAAACAGGAAAAUACCAAUUAUAGAGGUGGCAUCAAUACUUCAAAUCCAAACUUUAGAAAUUCUCCAAGGAAGGACUUUGGUCGGAGGACAGGCCGAAUGGCUUCUCAAAGGGGAUCUCAUAGGCCUCAUUUCCAUGACAUGAAAGAUGGGAAGAGGAAAUUUGAGUUUGCUAAUGGACAUAGAGGCAAAGAGAUAAGCAACCAGAUGGCGGGAAACUUUGGACAAUUUCACGAGGCGAAUCCACCUAAGGAACAGAAAAGAGCUCCUUCAAUAACCUAUACAGAACAAGAAAUCCAGCAGUGGUGUGAAGAGCGGAGGAGGAACUACCCUUCAAAAGCCAACAUGGAGAAGAAACUGACAGAUUCCAAGAAAAAAGAAUUGGAUGUCAAAAUUCGGCAGGAGCAACUCAAGAAGAUAUUGGCGCAGCAAGCUGAAUUGGGAGUUGAAAUUGCAGAAAUACCAUCGCACUACCUGUCGGACAUUCAGAAGAAAGAUGAGUUGCCGGAAGAGAGCAGUAGGCGAUGGACUAAGAAGGAGAGGUUUCAUAAGAAUCGGAACAAAAGAGGACACCAUAAUAGAAGGGACCAGUUCAACAAGAAGCAGAGAUUGGAAGCCACAAGUUCAACAGAUCCCCCUUCAUUGAACAAGAACAGGACAACACUCCUGCAGAAGCUCUUGAGUAAAGAUAUAAAGAGAGAUAACACCCGCCUGUUUCAGGUUUUCCGCUUCAUGGUAACAAACUCCUUCUUUAAGUAUUGGCCUGAGCAGUCUCUGAAAUUUCCAAAGGUAGUGGCUAAUGAGAACGUGUGCGAGAGUGACAUGAUAGAAGAUAAGUCUCAGAUUCUCCCAACCGAAGGCAGUGAAGACCGUUGGGAUUGUCAUGCUGGAAAUUCUGAUGGCGGAGGUGAUGAAUCCAGCGAUGAUGAGAAUGAAGAUGUUCGUCAUUCUCGUGUUGAAAAAAGUUUUCACGGGAAGAGAGAUGGUUUACCAGAGGAAGAAGAGGGAGAAAUCAUUGACUAAACGUGUUCUUGUCUAUGCUUUCUCGAGCAUACAGUAAGAUAGCGGGUUUGUAUUUAAAUCUAUAAGUUGGAAUAUUUGUUGUUUUUGUUCUAU